AUGUUUAAUUCAAUUAAUGACGAAGAGGGAAAAUAUUUCUAUCGCAUUCCUAAACAUUUCUUAUCGGUUGAGAUUCAUUACUUUGGUUGCAUCGCGUUAUCAGCAACUGUCAUGUCUACAAAGAAUUAUUACAACAUGAAAUGCAGUUACAGACAAUUCACGAAGGAAAGGCAAAGCAAAUAUUCUUCCAUGCUGUUUUCAUUUGAUGAGAUCAUUUGUGAUACAUUUCGCCUUUGUAAACCGGAAAUCCUUCAUGAAAGGUAUGCGAUGAUGUGCACACGCACAUAUGGAAAAUUGUUGUCGACACUGACAUUAACAAUGAUUCACAUGAGGAAUUUGACGACGUGUCAUCAUGUUCAAACGACAAUUCCGGCUCAACAUAAAAUAAAGAAAUCACAAAUUAUGCAAACAAAGGUUUCUAUUGUGAACGAAUUGCAAGCUGACGAGAUGUUAAAUAUCAAAGAAAAAGCAUCGAGAGGCAUGAGGUGA